CUUUCCCCAGCUGAAAUGAAUCCAACGCUUUCCCGGGGGGGCGCCCCAUCGCGAUUUGUGCGUGGUCGUGGUCGCGGAGGCGGAGCCUACCGUCCGUACUUCUACUUUCGGCGCAAUGGACGUGUGAUCCCAGCCGGAGGCAAUCGACAACCCAACCAAGGGGAACCUGGAGCACCAGACGCUCCUUCUGUUCCGCCUGCAACUCGGCAACCCAGGGGCUGGAGCCGCACAGCCGGCAAGCGAGGACGCAAUGCUCACUUGGACUGCAGCUUUCUGCGGCCGGAAAACUAUGCCGCACCAGAAGACGGGCUCCAGGUGCAGAGCAUUGCGGUGGAUAAUCCACGGGCUUAUUCCGGCUGGCGACUGUACUUCUUGCGCGAGAAAUACGAGGAGGGCAACGAACUGGCCACAAGGAUAAUGGCCGUGGAGGCAUACUACCAACGUAAUCCUCACACCUUCGAUUUUGUGAUGAUACGGGAUCGGGGAUUCUUCCCCCUCUGCGCAGCAGGCAUCAAAUCAGAUGCCCAGCUAAAGGAGGUUUGGCCUAGUUUGUCCGAAGACAUCCGUGAGCACCCGCUUCGCACGCUAGGAACCCUGUCGUUGGCUAUGCACACUGUGGUCGUCAAUCACCAGCUGGACUGUAAUGAUUCCACCACAGCUAUGGUGUCCACUCCGGAACAGUACGUCCUUCCAACCCCACGGGUACGCAAGAUCUACGCACGACCGGAUGAUUUUGUGCCUGUGGAAUCAAUAGAAGGAAUAAGCCAUUCCCGAGUGGACACUUUGUUUUCCAUCCGGGGUUUUGUGAGCAAUGUGGGCGAGCCUAGCUACAGCCUCACGUGGCAAGCCUUUCGCUGCAGUCGCUGCCAGAUGGAGAUUGCCAUGCGCCAACGGGGAACCUUCCAGCCACGUCCUUAUCAAUGCAAGCGGUCGGAGUGUGUGGCUCGUGACGAAUUCGUGCCUCUUCGCAGUUCCCCAUACACCAGGCUUUCAAUCCGACAGAUUAUCCGCGUGGAGGAGUCCAGUUUGAACUUGGUCCACGACUUUGAGACCAGCAUGCCUGCUGAAAUGGACGUGGAGCUGCGACAUGAUCUAGUUGAUGCUGUGCGUGUCGGACAGGAGGUCGUGGUAACUGGCAUCCUUAAGCUGCAGGAAUUGGGCGACGAUACCACCACUGGAGACACCUCCAACCAGAUGCAGCCCUAUCUCAAGGCAGUCAGCAUUCGCGAUGCGAGCAGCAUCAAGCGGGAGUUCAGCGAACGUGACUUGGAAGCGAUUGUCAUGAUCAAUGCGGAACCCAACAGCUUUAAGCUACUGGUGCAAUCCAUUGCCCCGGAGGUAUACGGACAUGAGCUACCCAAAGCCGCCUGUUUACUAUCCCUUCUCGGCGGGAAAGGUGCGGAGACUGAAGCCAUCAACGUGCUCCUGGUGGGUGAUCCCGGAAUUGGAAAGACCAAGAUUCUGCAAAGUUGUGCUCAGAUCGCUGAACGUGGUGCCCACGUGAGUGGAAAACGUGGGGCUCAAUCCGCACAGCAACUGGGUGUUACGUUUGCUGGGCGUAACAAGCGUGUGCUACAAGCGGGUUCCUUGAUGAUGGCCAGUGGAGGCGGUCACUGCACCCUCGAUGAUGUGGAUAAACUUGCCUCCAAGCAGGCCGUACUGUUGCAGUGCCUACAAUCAGAGGAAGUAAAUCUUCCACUUGCAGGAGCAUUUGCCUCAUUCCCGGCGCAACCUUCGGUGAUAGCGUGCGCAAAUCCACAAAGAGGACAAUACGAUGAGGGGCGCUACCUUCUACAGAAUAUUAAUAUUUCACCCUCUUUGCUGCGGGAGUUCCAUUUGGUUUACAUAUUAUUGGACAAGCCCUCGGAGAGAGAUAUGUCGCUGACUGCCCACGUAAGGGCUCUCCAUGCGGGCGCUAGGAAACGAGCGAGAAUUGCAGCCCGCUAUGCUCUUAAGCCCAAAAUGAGCGACUCCAUGUGCGAGGUCAGCCUUAAUGUGCCGGCAGCGGGAAAAGAUGAUGACACAAUCAAAACGGAGGACGAUAAUGACAGCAUUAUGCAGCAGGAUUAUGAUCUUGACAAACGUCUGGAGGUACUUCCGGAGGAGGGGGACUUGGACCUGCUCCCACCCAUACUGAUUAAGAAGUUCUUGUCCUAUGCUCGCCAGGAAUUAAAUCCGGUCCUAAACGAGGACGCCAGCAAUGCUGUUCUGCGUUACUUCCUUGAGCUCAAAGGAAGCUGCAAUCUCGAUGAAGACGUUUCCAGCCAGAUUGGCGCAGGGCAACUUCUUGCGAUAAUUCACCUGUCGCAGGCACGUGCUCGCCUGGAUUUAUCCCACGUGGUCAGUCCGCAGCACGUGCGCGAUGUGAUCGCCCUGCUGACCGAGAGCAUCACCCAGACCAGCCUCAAGGAGGGCUCCAGCAGGCAAGGAACUCGAGGAGGAGGCGGCGCUGGAGGAGGAGCCGGAAAGAGCGCUCAACUGCGCAAUUUUUUGGAGCUUACGAAGAGACGUUCGGCGGCAUUGGGGCGACGCAUCUUCGAAUUCGAUGAGCUAAAGGAAAUUGGAACCCGGGCUGGCAUUUUGACUGGCUUUAGCCAGCUGGUGGAAAUGGCUAACCUGGGUGGCUAUUUGCUCAUGAAGGGCGCAAACAUGUACGAAGUGGUUCCGGACUAGGCAAAUGACAAACGAUAUAGUGCCAAUAUUUGGCUAACGUCUGUGGUUUUUGUUUCUGGUUAACUAUAAGUUAAGUGGGUUCUAAAAUGAGGCAAGCCAAGCCGUCUAGCAAUUAAUAAUAAAUGCCAUGGAAAACAUUUUUCUGUUUGAAACUCACACCAUUACGUUCUAGUUGUGGUUAUAUUGAUUACAUUUUUAUAAAGUUAAAUUUAAUAAGCAUACUUUCGGGACCAUAUCAAUUUCACUUGAUAUAUUCUUGCCCAGUACUUUCGUUGAAAAUAUUUAAAGAUAAGAAGUAAAUCUUCUCGGAGAAUCGCUCUUGCAAUUCGUUUCAAUGACAAACGCACAUUCCACAAUUGGUUUCAUAUAAUACUUUAUUUUCUUGUAUCCAUAAAAUUAGAUAUAUAGUAAUAAGUUUUUAUAAAUAAAUACACAAAACAGUUGUUUCCGUUAGAAGUAAUCCAUCCCAUCCUUCGUCAUUUUAUCCCUACGUUCUGGAUAUUUUAGAGUUUAUGUCUUGCUUGCUUUGAAUGCUUUGUUUCUGAAUUCAGUAGUAACUAUUUGAAUGACUCUCGUAUACGACAAUACCAGAGCUGAGAGAGGGCUUAGCUUAAAUCUAUAAGUGGUAUAUCGGAUAUUAGAGCUAUUUUUACCGUGCCUGGAAAUCCUAUUCGACUAUUUACAAUAUUGCUAGUGAAUGUAAUGUAAUAUUUGGCUUAUACUUUUGCUACCCCACUACGUUGCUCGUUUAAAACUUAUAUCCUACAUACACUUGUGUUUUGGUUAAUUCUGGAUAAGGGCUAGGAGUGAAUAGAUUAAUUGAGAUUAAUAUUACAUGCCAAUUUUGCAAUCGUUUUAGGCUAAUCAGUCUAAACAAAUCGAUGCGAACGCUAAUCGCGCAAACGAAAACAAAAAUUGAUUUAAUUUGCUCUCUAAAUAUUUCAUUCUAAAAUCAAGCUAGUUCUUAAUCUAAGCUGUUUCAUUUCCAUGGUGCGAUUUAGUUCAAGUUUAUUGCACAUAUAUUUUAGGGUAUGAAGCUGGGAGGCUUAAGCGGAAUGCAUUGCUCAGGGCAGUCGAGUUGGGUAUUUUGGCCUAUUGCAUUAAGUCGAGCUGAAGGUUUAUUUGGGUGGGUCGAUUUAUAUAAAUAAAGAGUUUAAAGAAUUUCUGGCUAACAUGUAGUUUGUAAUAUUAUACCUUUUUGAAUAAAAUAUACGUUUUUUAGAAAAGUCAACAGGUAACUAGACGUAGCCUCGUUUCUUCUUACGCUUUGAUCUUUUAAACAGACGAACAGAAUUCGAACUAGUCAUUAACUUUCAUUCUACAUGAAUCAACAAAAAAAAAAAAACCUAACCACCCUAUGUUUGUAUGUUUAUAACUAUGUCGUGUGCUUUGUACUUUCAAAACUGUUGGAGACAGACAUUAGACGUGACGAGAACUAAAUAAAGCUGAAAACUUUGC